UCAGGUUACAGCAGAACUUUAUUUAUAAUUCACUGCAAUCAGGUUCAUCUGAUAAGCAAUGGAUGCUGCGGAAGUGGAAUUCUUGGCAGAAAAGUCUCUGAUUACCAUAGUGCCAAAUUUUUCGCAAGAAAAGUUGUACUUGAUAUCAGGUGAUGUGGGACCCUUUACUCCAGGUCUACCAGUGCAGGUGCCAUUAUGGCUUGGAAUUAACCUUCGUCAGCGUGGAAAAUGCCGUUUAGUACCUCCGGAUUGGAUGGAUCCAGAGAAGCUCACAGAGAAAAAGGAAGAGGAAAGUCAGUCCAGGGUGUUUACAGAGAUGCCAUGUGAGCAUUACCUUGUUGUGGCUCAGCUUGUCCUGGCUUCUGCUCCAGAAGAUAUACCAAAUUCACAACAGGUCAAAACACUUGUAAAGGAUAUAUGGGAUCUGAGAAUCUCCAAGUUACGGUCAUCUGUAGCAGAAUUCAUCCAGAGUGAAGGAACCCAUGCUAAGCUAGAUCACUUAACUCUUUUGGAAAUCAAUAGCAUCCGACCCUUCCUGCCGCACGCCCUCGAUCAGCUUCACCGUCUGUCCAAGGCAACCAACAACAGUGCCCUUAGCCAGACUCAAGAUUUCUAAUUAGAUGUAGCUGUUUUCUUUUAUUAUUAUUAUUUUUUCUCUGUCUAUUUCUGUUUCUCUGUAUUUCAAAGGUUUGGAUUCCAGUAUUAUUUCCAUAUUCUUGAAUAAUUGUUAGUUAAAUUCAUCUCAUCAGUCAUGCUUUUCUUAAUCUGGUUGUAUAAACUUGCUUUGAAUCCCUAAUUAUUCAAGUAAUUGACUACUGCAAAUGGUCGUUGUCUUGUUUAAUCAUGUGAGGAAAAAAGUCCAAGUCAAAUUAUAGAAACUUGUCUUUUAAAAAUGUGUGUAUAAAGUUCAUUAAACUGUAUAUAAAAUGUUGUUUGUAAAAUCAUUUUGGUUUGUUGAAACUGAAACUAGUGCUAUAUAUGGAAAUAAAAUUAAUUUAGUUUAUUAAAAAUUUCAAUAAAUUUUGUUUAUUGAAAACUGAAAUUAGCUUGUUUAUUGGAAACUGGAAUAAAUUUUGUCCAAAUGGAAAAAACAAGAUUUCACAAAUUUUGAAAAAUAUUUUUGAUACCUGUCUAAGAAUGUAUUGAUUUUUUUUUUUUUUUUUGAAUGCUUAAGGUAGUAAUAUAUUUUUUAUAAUGUUUGUAUCAGGAGUAUUUCUCAAGGGUUUAUAAUAUAUUUGAAAUGUGCCUUUUUGUAAAUUGUUAAAGAUUUUGGAUUUUUGGUAAGCUAUACUGACGUCCAAAUAUAGAUUUCUAUGUCUCGUGUA